UUCACGUGACUUCCUCCGCCAACAUGUCGUGAGCACACGGCGUGAGAGGAUGCUUUCAGGGAUGUUAUGUUCAAAAAAAGUAUAAUUAUUGAUAUUAUGGAGAAAUGUGUUCGUUUUAUUGCUUAAGACACAGGAGAUAAUAAUAGUUUAAUUUAGCCACAGGGGAAACAUGUUUCGUUUGACGAGGACGGCGCUGCAGAGUCUUAAGCGUGUGCGUUUCAGUGGACAGCAGCCAACAUGGAGACAGAGGAGCUCUUCUGCAAGAGAGGAGGCCCUUCACUAUCAGCCAGGGCAGAAAAUCCAUGGUUUUACCGUCAAAGAGGUUGUAGCCGUCCCGGACUUGUUCCUCACUGCAGUCAAGUUAACGCACGAUAAAACUGGAGCUCAGUACCUCCACGCAGCCAGGGAUGACUCCAACAACCUCUUCAGUGUGCAGUUGAGGACGACCCCCAUGGACAGCACGGGGGUCCCUCACAUCCUGGAGCAUACUGUGCUGUGUGGAUCUGAAAAGUACCCUUGCAGGGACCCCUUCUUCAAGAUGCUCAACAGGUCCCUGUCGACUUUCAUGAAUGCAUUUACAGCCAGCGACUACACCAUGUAUCCCUUCUCCACACAAAAUGGGAAGGACUUCCAGAACCUUCUAUCGGUCUAUUUGGAUGCAGUUUUCUUCCCUUGUUUGCGAGAGCAGGACUUCUGGCAAGAAGGCUGGCGGCUGGAGAAUGAAGACCCCACAGACGCUACCACCCCACUGGUGUUUAAAGGAGUGGUGUUCAAUGAAAUGAAAGGAGCCUUCUCGGAUAACGAGAGUGUGUACGCCCAGCACCUUCAGAACAAACUGUACCCUGACCACACCUACUCCGUGGUGUCGGGUGGAGAACCUCUGGCCAUCCCAGAGCUGACCUGGGAGCAGCUGAGACAGUUCCACGCCACACACUACCAUCCCAGCAACGCCAGGUUCUUCACUUACGGAGAUCUGCCUCUGGAGAAUCAUCUGAAGCAGAUACAAGAGGAGGCGCUGUCCAAGUUUGAGCGCAUCAAUCCAAACACAGAAGUCCCCUCUCAGCCGCUCUGGACCAGCCCUAGAGAGGACCAUGUGACCUGCAGCCCCGAUGCUCUGGCUCCAGAUCCAACCAGACAGAACACCUUGUGUGUGAGCUACCUGCUGGGAGACAUCACUGACACCUUCGAAGGGUUCACGCUCAGCCUGCUGUCCUCCCUGAUGAUCUCCGGGCCCAACUCCCCCUUCUACAAAUCUCUCAUCGAACCCAAGAUAGGAAGCGACUUCUCUUCAGUUGUCGGAUACGACGGCAGCACCAAGGAGGCGUCGUUCAGCAUCGGACUGCAGGGGAUGGCUGAAGAGGACACGGAGAGAGUCAAGCAAAUCAUCAAUCAAACUAUUGAUGACAUUAUAGAGAAUGGUUUUGAGGAGGAGAGGAUCGAGGCUCUCAUUCACAAGAUUGAGAUCCAGAUGAAACAUCAGUCCACAAACUUCGGCCUGUCGCUGGCCUCGUACAUAGCUUCAUCCUGGAACCACGACGGCGACCCGGUGGAGCUACUGCGCAUCAGCGAGAGCGUCGCUAAGUUCAGACAGGCUCUGAAGGAAAAUCCUCGCUUCCUCCAAGACAAAGUCAAAUCCUACUUUAAGGAGAACGCACACCGGCUGACUCUGUCCAUGAGCCCGGACGAGGUUUACCUGGAGAAGCAAGCCAAGGCCGAGGAGGAGAAGCUCCAGGAAAAGAUCCGGGCUCUGUCUGACGGCGACAAGAAGGACAUUUAUGAGAAAGGUCUGGAGCUGCUGGCUGCUCAGAGUAAAACUCAGGAUGCCUCCUGUCUGCCUGCGCUCAAAGUGUCUGACAUCGAGCCAACGACACCCGUCACUCAUGUGCAGAUGAGCGCGGCAGGAGGCGUGCCGGUCCAGUACUGCGAGCAGCCCACCAAUGGUCUGGUGUACUUCAGAGCCAUGUGUAAUCUCAACACUCUCCCAGAGGACCUCAGGCUUUACGUCCCACUGUUCUGCAGCGUCAUCACCAAGAUGGGCUGUGGAGCGCUGGACUACAGGCAGCAGUCCCAGCAGAAGGAGCUGAGAACGGGGGGCAUGUCUGCUUCCACCCAGGUCAUCCCCGACUCCGACCUCAUGGACACAUUUGAGCAGGGCAUCCUCUUAUCGUCCUCCUGCCUGGAAAGGAACCUUCCUCACAUGUUCCAGCUGUGGAGUGACAUAUUCAACAGCCCUCACUUUGACAACGAGGAACGCCUGAGAGUGUUGGUGAUGAUGUGCGCUCAGGAACUGGCCAACGGCAUCUCCUACUCCGGUCACAUGUACGCCAUGACCCGAGCGGCCCGUCAUCUCACGCCAGCUGGAGAUCUCCAGGAGACCUUUGGAGGAAUGGACCAGGUGAAGUUUAUGAAGAGGAUAGCUGAGAUGCCGAACCUCAGUCAGGUGAUCCGAACGUUACCCAGAAUCAAGAAGCACCUUCUCAACCCAGAGAACAUGAGGUGUGCGAUCAAUGCGACGCCACAAAAGAUGUCGGAUUCAGCCGCACAGCUGGAGAGCUUCAUGAAGGAUGUCGCUGGAAACAGAAAAGAGCGCAAACCCGUGAGGGCGAAUAUCCUCAACAAACCACUUGAUCCUCUGGAUGUUUCUGGACCAAGCAGGAAACUUAUAACUGAGCCGACGUUCCAGCCGUGUCAGAUGAAAACGUUUUUCCAGAUGCCGUUCCCCGUCAACUUCAUCAGCGAGUGUGUGCGCACGGUGCCAUUCUCCCACCAGGAUAAUGCCAGUUUAUGCAUCUUGGCGAGGAUGAUGUCGGCGAAAUUCCUCCACGGAGAGAUCCGGGAGAAAGGCGGGGCCUAUGGGGGCGGGGCCAAGAUGGGAGGAGGCGGGCUUUUCUCCUUUUACUCCUACAGGGAUCCGAACUCUGUGCAGACUCUGUCUGCGUUUCGUAAAGGCAUCGACUGGGCAAAGUCGGGAAAGUUCACGCAACAAGACAUUGAUGAGGCCAAGCUGUCAGUGUUCUCGGCCGUGGACUCGCCCGUGGGCCCCGCAGACAAAGGAAUGGGUCGUUUCCUCAGCGGGGUCACGGAUGAAAUGAGGCAGAGUCACAGACAGAGGCUGUUCGCUGUCGAUCAUAAAAGCCUGGUGGACGCGGCCGACAGGUACCUGGGUCUUGGUCAGAGGACGUGCGGCGUUGCCCUCCUUGGUCCAGAGAACGAUAUAAUCAAAAAAGAUCCCUCAUGGAUCUUGAAAUGAUACUCGGUAGGUAUUUUAUAACUGAACACCUGGCGUGGAAGGACUAUCUACUGAAAGCUCAGAAAUAUAGUGGCAAGCUGUGAGCUAGAACGCACAAACCAGACUCAGAAACCGGACUGAUCAGUGUCAUUUUAACGUGUGUAGGUCAAUACUUUGUCUUCAGUUGUGUACAUAUUCAUUUCAAAUAAACUCUUCUGUUCCGUUAAGAUAACCUCAGAUGCUCAUUAAAACUGUAACAACUUCA